UUUGUCCUCGCAUUCUUGUUCAUACACCGCAAGAUAUAUAUCGAUAUUCAUAUUUCUAACUAUUUCUAAGAUUCAACCAUGCAUCCUUUCGGAGGUGUGCCGAUAUGCCCACGAUGCGGCAAGGCUGUUUAUGCUGCAGAGCAGACGAUGGGUCCAGGAAGGAAGUUGUAUCAUAAACCAUGCUUAACAUGUACAGAUUGUAAUAAGAGACUCGACUCUUUGAGCUUAUUAGAGCACGAUCAAGAGCCGUACUGCAAGAACUGCCAUAGCAAGAAUUUCGGCACACGCGACCUUCGCCAGGCUAAUCUCCCGCAUCGUGUUGACCUUACGCCGCUCUCGCCUACCCGCACUGGCAUUUCCUUACCCAGUGAUUCAACCGCGAUACCACCCGAAUCAUCUUCUCCCCGUCGUUACACCGCUGAAGCGCCCACAUAUUCGCGACGUUCCGCGGCAUCCCCACCACCUCUCCCGGGUCGCAGAAUUACUCAACCCGCUACUGUUGGCCGUGCAGACACAGGAAACGGAACAAUCAAUCUUCUUAGACCCACCCGCACUCUCAGCCCAAAUCGUGCGACCUUUGGUGCUACAUCUCCGAUCUAUGGCAGUUUCGACGCAGUGAAGGAGUCCGAGGAGGAUGCACUCGGUGAUACAAAGGGGGUAAUUGUUGGCGAUAGUGUUGGUGAAGAAUAUAUUCCUGACGCGAGGAACCUCGGUCUCGGAGCUACGCCCAGCCGUCCUCGGGCAGAGUCAAUCCCCACUCAUGUCGGACGCUCACAGGGUGGUCUGCCACGCACUGUGCCCCUCACGCCAGACCGUGUAGGUUCACCAACCAAACCCGAAAGCACUCAAUCGGUGCCUCCUCUUUCGUAUCAUCCUGUCACCGAGCCUUCGUCCUCCACGGGCGGGGCAAAUACAAUGACGUUGGGCCGCGCGGCUAUGGUGCCGUUAGCGACUGGGACAAGAUACGGUGCAGGUUUGAUGGGAAGCGUGAGAGGCAAUCCGACCGGAAACUCUCCGAGGCAGUGGGGCAGUGGGACGCCACAGUGUCCCAAGUGUGGAAAGAGUGUUUACUUUGCGGAGCAGGUGAAAGCGGUGGGAAAGACAUAUCACAAAGCGUGUCUUCGUUGCGUCGAAUGUAAUACGCUACUUGAUUCGAGCCGUCUGACGGAGAAAGACGGCCAGCCCAUGUGCCACAGGUGUUAUAGCAAGUUUCAUGGGCCGCAAGGCAGCGGCUACGCGCUCCUUGGAAAGGCAGGUGGAUAAGCCUGGUGCAAGUCAUGUAUGCGUUUUAGGAAGGUGCAUCUUGGGUAGCGAAGUAGAGGGCGAGAACAACGACAUAAUAUCUUCUGAUGCGCAUUAUCUUGCGGAUCUCCGUAUUACUGAAUGCUGGACUAGAUUAACAUAUUCCUAUACGCCUUUUGUAUCUUCUCCGAGUUUGGUAUCCCCGUGUUAUGUUCUCCUGCAGCAGCUGGAGGCGCUCUGAUUCAUAAUGAAAACAGUCCG